AUGGCUAAACAAUUGACCUGGCUUGUUACUGGCUGCUCUUCCGGCCUGGGGGAGGCUAUGGUCAGGGCUAUCCUAGCAAAGGGGGACAAAGUAAUUGCCACUGCUCGUGCGAGUCAAGGCAUUAGCGGUUCUGAACGUCUGUCCGCACUAAAGGAAGCUGGUGCUGCAGCGCUCGAGUUAGAUGUCACAUCUCCCCAAGAGCAAUUAGAUGAGUUAGCCAAGACAGCAUGGGGAGUAUAUGGGCACAUCGACGUCCUGGUCAACAACGCUGGCUACAUUGAGAACGGAAUUCUAGAAGAAAUGAGCGAGGAACUUGUCACACGCUCCCUUCGCGCGAAUGCCCUUGGGCCUAUCAACUUGACUAGGUCUUUUCUCCCCAUGAUGCGUGCCCGCAAGACGGGGACUCUUCUCUUUGUCGGCUCAGUGAGCGUAUAUUAUACGAUGCCGUCCACUUCCAGUUACAUUGGAUCCAAAGCUCUCCUUGAGGGGCUUGCAACCAACCUUGCAGUUGAGGUUGCUCCAUUUGGACUUCGCACUUCGAUUCUUACGUUCGGUCAUUUCCGAACUGACAUCUUGUGCCCAAGCAACCUACACGCCCGUGCACCAAACAAGCUGUCCGACUAUGUAGAGGCGAACAAUGAGGUGCGAGAACGUAUCAAAAACGCUCAUGGAACCUGGCCAGGAGACGCAAGAAAGGGAUGUGACCUCGUGGUGGAUGCGGUUAGGGGCGAGGGAAGAUGUGCCGGUAAAGAUCUUCCUUUGCGCUUGCCUAUUGGAUCCGACACGUUCGGAAUCAUGCGCGAGGACCUCCAGAAGAGGCUACAGGUCUGUGAUGAGUGGGAGAAUAUCAUGUCCAAGACAGACUGUGAAUAG